AUGUGGCGUCAACGAUUGAAGACGCUGUUCUGGAAGGAGAAAUACAUUCUGUGGAUCAUCGUGCUGUGCGGGGUGUGCAUCCAGCUGGGCGACUCGUCGCGCUCCAUCUCCAUCCCCAUCUACAUUGAGAAUCGGCUGAAUGCGGGCCGCAAGCAGUACGACAAGCAGUCCACCCCCACGCAGGCGGAUGGUAAAAGUUUGUUUUUCGCUUCAUUUCACUAAUCACGCUAACAGAAGGCCCCAUGGCCGCCAUUCAUUUGUUUUGCGCAAUUUUAGGCACUCCAACGGUCGUGAAUUUGUCCAUGUACAUUGAGGGGAUCAGCUCGUUCCGCACGCAGACCAUGGACUUCCAGCUGGACGUGUACUUUCAGCAGUACUGGAAGGACCCGAGAUUGGCGCAUAAUGAGUCAAAGUAAGCUAUUCAAAAGGCUUAGAGGCCGAGAGAGUACGCGGAACGCGGAGAGCGGCCAUAGAGAAAAAGACUAUUUGGCCAAGUCUUUGCCAGUUUCGUUCGGAAUAUAUUGUGCCUUUGUGGCAUUACAUUGCCCGCUACCGGCAGAAAUAUCCGUAAAAUUUUUGAUGCCAAAAUUCGCAAAAAAGUCUUUUCAGUCUGUCGGGAAAAUAAUGAGCACUCCGUCGUCGAAAAUCGCAUUGCCCCCCCCCCCUUUGCAGGAAAAAAGGCUGAGAAGGCUUGGUUAUGAAGAGCUUCGAUGUCAAGCCUGCUGGAAAAAAGACAGAAAAAAUGAUUAAGUACCAAGUGCUGAGAUUUUGAUGAAACUUGGCACAAAUAUAGAAUAAUUUUUUCCAAAAUAUAUGCGAGAAUCCUAGUUCACGCAUUGCAGGAACAACCGAGAUUUUUAGGUCGAAAGUGGGCGAAAAUUUGACACUUUUUGCCGAGUCUCGGCAGCGCGCCGCGGCGUACUUUUUCGGCGGCAAGGGAUCAUUCAAUACCUCGGUGGCGCCUGCAAAGCGCGAGCUAAAACUUUCAGGAAUAAUGAAUGCUUUUUAAACACGAACUUUAUUGUCCAUCUUUAUCUAACCUACUGCGUUUUCAGACGUAUUUUGAUCCGCGAUAAGGAGAUCCUUCACAAAAUGUGGCUGCCAGACGUUUACUUUGCAAACAGGCAAGUGAUUACUCAAAAAAUCGUAAAUUUUUCAAAAAAACAAAGCUUGCUAAUUGAAAAAAAUAAUUUCAGUCGAAUUGCUCAAUUUCACGACGUCACACAAGCCAACUUCUUGCUGUGGAUCGAGCCGGACGGGUCGAUUCUGUACGAUACACGCGUCUCGAUGGUCGUGAUUUGCGCCAUGCAGCUGCAUGUGAGUUUGUGGAGGUAUUCCGAAUAAAUUGGCGUUUGUUUUGCAGCAUUACCCCCUUGACUCGCAAUGGUGCAACUUGCGGAUGCUGUCAUGUGAGUUUAUGUUUUCUAAGGGUUCUGCGGCCAGGGCAACGGACAAAUUUUGUUUAAGUUUUACUCAUUUCCUAGGUAUUUGCCUCUGGUCAGUUCCUGAAAAUUUAAUUUUUCACUUAACUUUUGCAGUCUAGAUAUUAGUCUGUCGGGAAAAUAAUGUGGAUCUAUUAUGAUUCAAAAUGCCCUCGUUGCUGUAACGCACCAAAUAUCCUGUCGCGGCUAGCCCUCGCACAGCGAUAAAGGGCGGUUCUAAGGCGCGAAAAAUCCACGUUAUUUUCCCGACAGACGGAUUUCAAUCAGCCUUGCUGACGGCAGAGUUUGCGAAAAGGUUCCAGCAAUAAUUUCUCCCAAUUUUAGACGCCUACGACGUGGAAGAGCUGGUCAUCGCGUGGAUCGACGCGGACCCAAUCACUCGAAAUCCCAAUAUAACUCUGCCGGACAUGCAAAUCGAACGUCUCGAGCCGGGCAUCUGCGACGGCAACUACAGUACGGGUGUGUGGAGUUGCGUGACGGCCGAGUUCUUUGUCUCCAGAGAGAUCACGCAUCACAUCAUGCAAACUUAUGUUCCGACGGUAAGCGUUUCUUGUUCGAAAAAUUUCGAAUUCUCCAUUUUUGUGUGCAGUAAUGAGGUGUAAAUUUUCAGUCGUUGAUUGUGAUCAUCAGCUGGUUUUCCUUUUGGUUGGGUCUGGACGUGGAGGCAGUGCCGGCCAGAGUCAGUUUGGCAAUCACGACGGUAAGUGGGACGGCAAAAAUAUCAGUUUGUCGGAAAAUAGUGAGCGUUCUGUCCCCGCUAUAUAACUACCGAAAACCACAUUGUUGCCUAGAAAAUCUGCUCGCGGAAAAGUCAAAUUGCUUCUUACCUCAGCGACACAAUGGGCGCAGUGAUAUUUUGCUUGUUUCCCCGAAGGACUGAUAAAAGCGCAGAUCCUAAAAAAAAGGAUGUAGCAGGUGCCUACGAUGCCUGUAAAAGCCGUCAGACACUUGACGGGCAAAAUGAAUUGCUAUUCUCUCGAUUUUUUAUAUUUAGUUAUUGCUAACCUUGGUUUUCUUUACCCUGAGCUAUUGCAAGGUGGAAAAGACCAAAAGCUGCUUCAAAAAAUGAAGACCCAUAAGUCUUAUCUGGGCAUCAUUGGAGUAUACAUGUAAACAACCCCAAACGAGGUUGUAAAUUAUCUUGCAAUUAGAACCUAAGAAAUCUUAAUAUUUUUAUUAGCGAUUCUACUACUACUUUUCAAGAGCUUUUUUAACGGUGUGUAACAUUGCCAAUUUGGACAUGCUCAUUUGUACACUUCCCUAGUAAGGGACGUACAGUGGGGGACCUGAUCCAGUGGCAAAAAACGUACCAUUUUGCAUCCAAGAAGUAUCAAAAGAAUGUGGCAAAAUACCUCCCUCUCCAACUGAAAAAACUAGGACUUCAAAAGCGCGCCCGCUCUUUUUGUGAGAAGAAAGAGCGCACCCUUCAAAACGAAGUUUCUUCUCUUGGAGAAGGAGGCAUUUUGCCAUAUUUUUGAUACUUCCCGGAUGCAAAAUGGUACGUUUUUUGCCACUAGAUCAGGUCCCCCACUGUACAUGUUUUAGGAAAAAAACUAUAAAAAGAUUUCGGACUUUCUCCAAAUCGAACAUACACCUAGCAUAACGGAUAUUUAAAACUGGCUGUAGAGGCUUUUAAAUAAGACUUCAAUCGCCUCUUUCAGCUCCUGACCUUAUCCACUCAAGCCAACUCGGUUCGAACCACCCUGCCCGAAGUGUCGUACAUGCGAAGUAUUGACAUUUUCCUCACCAUAUCCGUUCUGUAAGCCACACUUUUUCUUUUUUCUUAUCGUUCAAAACCCCCAUCUUCAAAUUUCUUUACGAUUUCAGUUUCGUCUUUGGCGUUAUGAUCGAAUUCGUUGUGACCAACUACACUCAACGCAAAGGUAAGCGGCAGUCGUUGUGUCGGGUGGGAUUUUCUCGGUUUUUUAACAACCCUUUCCACUCAUUAACCCCACUAUUUUUAACUUUCCAACGUGCCGUUAUAUGCGCUGUGCGGUCUGUAUAACCAAGGUAUGGCGAGGAUUUUACAUUUUUACAUCGGUUGUAAGGCGUUGAGUCGGUGUUGUGCCGCCGCUGUGGUGCCCUCUCUUCCUGUCGUUUUCCUGUUCAUAUUGUUGUGAUAUAUACUACAGUGUUGUGAUAUAUACGACUAUGGAGUAAUUAUCGACGUCUUUUUCAGCAAUAGAAAAAAUUGCAGCCCGUGCCUGCGCCAACAUGGAGCAGGAGAACCAGAAGAGCCUGCCGCAAAAGCACCAUAGCAUUGCGAAUGCCAAGGACUUGGGCUCGAAGGCGAGAAGUCUGGUCGGACGGAUAUUCAGGACGUAUACGGAUCAAAAGAAUCUUAUUGAUGUAGGUUGAGGAAAAGUCUGUCGGGAAAAUAAUGAGCACUCUGUCGCAACGAAAAUCGCAUCGCCGCAGAGAAAAUUAAUUGUGUCGCAGCGGGCUCAGCGGCUUAAUUUCCCGACACAUUUACAGUGGCGGACUUGAUUCAGUAGCAAAAAACGUAGCAUUUUUGUCGAAAGGCCCGGCAACCCAGUAACGAUACAAGACGAGAGCUCAAGAGUCAAGUGAUUUAUUCAGUGGAAAGGAGGCCUUUUAUAGGGAAGCCCCACGUAGGAAAGUACAAUCAAAUUUGAAUAAAUGCAGAUCGUUCCUCGUGGGAAAAUCCUCGAAGCUCGGUCGUUCCGCCUCAGAAUUUUUUAUUGGGGAAGUAUCAAAAAUGCGGCAAAAUGCCUCCUUGCACAUCAAACUGUGUAGUUCGGUGACCGGAAUAGACCCUUCGCUAUUUGUUUUUUACACUUCGUCUUGAUUUCACAGAGAAGACAGAGAAAAGACGCGCAGAAACGUACUCUCUCGCCCCAAAAAUUCCCCAUUUCUUCCCCGAUAUAAAGUUUUUUUGCGUCUUUUUUGGCGAGCUGCCAAUCGAUUCACCGUUGUUGAAAUCGGAGUUUUUUUACUUGUACAGAUCUUUUGCCACUGGAUCGGGUCCGCCACUAUACAUACUAUAUAACACAUAGGCAUUUGCCGAGAAAUGGGGGUAGAUGUCGAAGGUUGUCAAUUUUCGUAGAAAAAAAUCUUUCGAGCUCUUCUGAAUCCACUGUUUCCAGCCUCAAGAACUGAACGGAGGAAUCCCACCGCACGACACGAUUCCAAUGCGACAGAGGCACAGUGACGACCCGCGAAUACGACACUACUGGACGACGACUCCGCCGAAUCAAGCCGACGAUCAAUCGGUGGCGUCGUGGACUUCGUUGCGACGGCACAGAGGUCGAGUGCUCACUCAGGUGGGUUUAAAAUACACCUCCGCCAAAGUUUCGAUUAAAUCUUUCAGUCCAACGGUCAAGUCCAGUCGAUCAUCUCGCAACAGCCUCCGGAAUACGACCAUCAAUGGCGCGAGCGGGAGGCGGAGCGGCUGGCGAAUUGGUCGAGGCCGGAGCUGAGCUGCGACGGCCUCAUGGAGUCGAACACCCGGCCCACGCAUUGGGGAAAUGGCGAAGGAAUGAGGGAUUCGAAUGUGGAUCAGGGCUUCAACGAGAAUACGAACACGUCGCCGGCCAAGUCGACGGUCAGCGGGACGCUGAAAUGGACGCAUGUUAUUAGGCAGUUGCAGAAGAGCAAGUAAGUUUUUUUGAGCAAGUAGAAUACUCUACAGCUCUGAGUUUACUCUCAGUCUGUCGGAAAAAUAGUGAGCACAAUAUCGCUGCGCCACUUGCUUGUGGAAUUUGCUAAUUUUAGCUCCCAAAUUUCCUUUUUAUCCCUUGUUUAUUAAUAAUGUUGUAGAACUUGGCAUUUCCAGGACCUGACGCGUUGCAAAAGGGCAACGGAAAAGGGAGGCGAAGGAGAAAAAAAGGGUAAAGAUCAGUCUGUCGGAAAAAUAAUGAGCACAACGUUGCUGCGCCAAUUGCGUCGCUGAAGUGAAAAGAAGUUUGAUUUUGCCGCGACGCUACUCAUUUUUUCGAUGACGAUGCGAUUUUUUAUGCGACAGAUUGUUCAUUAUUUUCCCGACAGACUGAUUCUCGAGCUAAAAAAACUCCUCCUAAUGUAUCAGUGAUAUCAUCCUUUUACCACCCUAAACCACAAAAACAUUUUCAUUUGCACUUUGUUCCCGAAAGCCUCUUGUAAAAUUCACAGAUUAGCGUCAUCAUCUUCCAAACUUUCAGCGUUGUUAUUAUUGUACAUACAAACAGCAAAAGUGAUGACAUUUUCAGGACAAGCAGUUACAAAACAUUUUCUCGAGUAAAGAACGGAGAAAAGCAUGGUUUCUCUUCGUACUUUGUGCCGAAAUUUCAGAAACUUGCAAGGCUUUAAAUUUAUAAAAAAACUGUUUGGGGAAUUGCUCAAAAAUUUACGAAGUUUACGUUCUUUGUUUGGUAAAUAUAGGCUUACAGUUGAGCAAUCGUAAACUUCGUAAAUAUAGGCUUACAAUUGAGCAAUCUUACACUGAAAGUACCCCAAGUGCGACGCUCAGAUUUUUAUGAAACUGGGCCCAAAUUUAGACUAAUUUCUUCCAAGACAUAUUCAAAACGCUUGGAUCGCGCUAUGCAUAAAAAACUGAGGUUUUCAGGUCGAAAGUUGGGAAAAAUUUCACAUUUUUUGCGAAUUUUGUCAUCAAAAGUUUCAUGCCUAUCUCAACCUGUUUUCAGAGCCAGUCGAAAAGAGUUCGGUCGGAUGCAAGCCAAGAAGAUCGACGAGUGGAGUCGAUGGGUGUUCCCUUUGUCCUAUCUCAUGUUUCAUCUGGUCUACUGGAGCUACUACCUCUACUGGCAUGGUAAAGGCAGAAAAUAAUCGUUGGAUUGAGCUUCACUUUCUGUUCCCUGAGUUGUAAUUUUUUGACGCAGGGCCUUUGGAAAUUGCAGUGCCAAAGGCAAUUUCCUUUUCAGCGUACGGUGUUACAGUAUGCAGCUUUGUUUCCAAAGACUACUGCGGAUUUUUGCUUUCUUUUUUGUAUGUUUUAUCCUUUCGUUUGCAUUGCACUGUUCGGCAUUUUUUACGCUUUGGUUGCUGUUUUGUCACUCACUUUAUUUUCUUCAAUAUUGUAACUGCACUAUUACUAAACAACUUGGCUACAAUGUGAUGCCAAACACGUGUUUUGGAUGACCAAAAAACUGAAAAAUAGUUUUUACAUCUUUUCGGAGAAAAUUGUUUGGCAAUGCAUUGUUACAACACAAAUCAUUUACCCACUUCAUUCGCUAAUCCGUUUGCAACGAAAUCAAUUUUCCAAGACAAGGUGGGUCGAAAAGUUUUGACAUGUCUGCACGAUGCGGAGAGUUGUCGCCUCCCUCCGAACGGCUGAGGAUUCGUUUUGCAUUGAGCGCUGUCGGAGAGCACUGUGAAUUAUAAUAUAUCAGUCUGUCGGGAAAAUAAUGAGCGCAAUGUCGGUGCGCCGAUUGAUCAGUUGAAGCGAAAAAAAAUUCAAUUUGCCCGCGACACAAUUCAUUCUUGCAGCGAUGCGAUUUUCGAUGGGACAGAGGCCCAUUAUAUUCCCGACAGACUGAUAAAAUGCACAGGGCCCCCUCCGAAAAGUGCAGUCGCCAUUUAUGUGGCGGGACGAAACUGCACGGUGCACGUCAAACUGAGGGGUCCGGUGACCUGAAUAGACUCUUCGCUAUCGGUUUUUUACACUUCGUCUUGAUUUCGCAGAGAAAGAGAGAAAAAAGACACGCAAAAGCGUACUCUCUCGCCCCAAAAAUUCCUCAUUUCUUCCCCGACAAAACGUUUUUUCGCGUCUUUUUUUGGCAAAUUGCCAACCCAUUCACCGGACUGUUUUAGCUUGUCUCACAUUGACGUGCGGUGCGUUUUUCAUUCUCACCGUGCCGAUUUUAAACGCGCAAAGACACUUCGCGGCGCCUAAAACAUGUCAAGGCUUUUCGACCCACCUAUCAGUCUGUCGGGAAAAUAAUAUGGAUUCGUCGCGGUAAAAAAAUUGUCGCCUCCUCGCAGUUGACCACCAAGUCUCCAGCUGCGGCUAGUCAUCGCAAAGCGAUGACGGGCGAUUCCAAGGCCCGACAAAUCCACGUUAUUUUCCCGACAGACAGAUAGUAUAACAACUCUCAGUUUCUUCGCUUUUUUUCACGGUGUUAACAGUAAACAAAACGCUCUUGUUUGGCUUAAUCAAACUCGUUUUGCAAAAAAGUCUGUCCACUAUUUUUUUGCAAUUUUUUCCCACUUCUUUUCGUGGCCAAGCCCGACUUCCGGCCGCACUUUUCACGCACCGAUCUAAGUUUACGUAGCAAAAUAACCCCUUUUCGUGGGUUGUUGUGGACGUAGAUUAUUUGAUUAGAAACUCGUAACGGGUGGUAUAACCUUGAAUUUACGCAAAAAGGCCGUGCAGGGGUAUGUUUUGUAUGAAAAUAGAAACUUUUGUUUUUACGGAAAUCAUUGGAAAAUUCUCGGGUAAAUUGAAGUUAGAGACCAUGUUUGAGUUCAGUGUUUAUCGAAUUUCAACGGGUCAAAGUGUAAAGUCUAAUGGUUGCUAUUGGUAUUUUCAUGAGUGCCUGGAUUAAAAAAUAUAUCAGUCUGUCGGGAAAAUAACGGCGGAUCGUCGCGCCUCGGAAUCGCCCAUCAUCGCUUUGCGACUGCAAGCCGCGGCUGGGUAUUUGGUGCGCGAUAGCGGCGAGGCGAGACAUUUUGCUGCGACGAUCCGCCGUUAUUUUUCCGACAGACCGAUAAAAAAUAUAAAAAAAAUGUGUUUCGUUGUCUUGACGCGACGAGAUCCUGUUCAAAACAUUUCUUCACGGUGCAAUUGUCUCAAAUUUUGUGGCGGCGCAAUGGAAACAAGGUUGUGCCGCAACGAUUUUGUUUGAAAAAUCGAAUGCACUAUGCAGUUGACUUUUGUUCUUUUGACUUGGUCGAAGAGUCCAUGCACUUUAUGAAAAUGCUAAUAGUCCGUGCUUAAAGUCGCUGGAGUGAUUUUUGCAAAAUGCCCUGCGCGAAGACAUAAGUUUUCUUUGCACUGUGCCAUCUUUUGCUUUUUGCACUGUGCAACAGGCUUUUUUGGGCUGUCGCUUACAUCCUGGCGUUUUCUGCGCAGUGCCACCGCCAAAAAUCGUAACAGUGACCUUGCGAAGGGACCACGUAGUACAUGUAUGUGGUCCUUGAACUUAAGAAGACCAAGGAAAAAAAAUUUUGCAGAAAAUGAUAUUAAAAUUUCGAAAUUUUUAUUUUUAGACAAGUCUCUGUGAAAUAAUUGAAAUAUUUAGAAUUGGCUUCCAAAAAAAUGAUGUUGCUGCGAAAGAACUUUCUGGCUUGCCAAGACAGGUUUCCAUUUGUCACGUUUGUACUAAAAAAAUAGAUCUGUCCACCUUUAAAUAUAUUUAUUGAAGGAAAGAUGGCUUCUAUUUCUAGCCAACAUAGCUAUUUUUGAAUCGCAAUUUCCACGUGUUACCUUUUGCCCUGUGUAAUUGAAAAAGCGCUUUACUAACAUACCCUACAAGCAGCUUGAAGAGAUCAACUCGUUUUCAAGAGUAACCGAUCAAACUGCCUCUAAAAAGAUUUCAAUUUCCUUGCAAACAACACCAUAUGUUUUGUGUUGACAUUCGAAGUCCAGCGGAAAUGUUAAUUCCGGACACUCCUCGCCCUUUCAUUUACAUCACCGUGUUUGUGUUGCCUUACAUACACUUUUGUUUGCAGUGCGCCCUAAUCCGCCAUGUGGAGGCUAUUUCGGGGGCCAUAAUGAAUUUCUGUUGCAGGGAAGAUUCUGAAAAACCAGUGA